UCUAUCCAACCACAGGAUAUUUUCACCAUGUUACCCGUGCCGGGCGUAUAGGCCACAGGCGCCUGUCGUACGAACGGGCAGUAAUUUCAAAAAACUGUUGUUUCAAGAAUUGACUUAUGAUGCUACUUGCAUCAUUUCUCAGAAACUAUAGACUCAAGUUCACAAAUCGUAGUUGUACAACAUUCCUGACAAUUUCCAAGAGAACUAUCAAGAUGGCUGCAAUCAGUGAAAGGAAGCGAGGCGCCAUUGCUGUAUGUCAGUUGAACUGCAGAUCAGAUAAAAAUGAUAACUUGAAAACCUGCAGCGAUUUAAUUGCUGAAGCUAAACUGAAAGGAGCAAAGAUGGCUUUUCUACCGGAGGGGUUUGACUACAUUGCUGAUAGCAGACAGAAGUCAAUUGAUAUGGCUGAACCGAUAGAUGGCCAUGUGAUAACAACGAUGAAAUCAUUGGCCAAACAACACAACAUGUGGUUGUCUUUAGGAGGUAUGCAUCAUAAAGAUGUGAGCCAAGAUGAGGAAAGCAGAAUAAACAAUUGCCAUGUGAUCAUUAAUAACACAGGUGACAUUGUAGCCAAAUAUAACAAAACACAUUUAUUUGAUGUAGACAUAAAAGGCCAUGUCAGGCUCAAGGAAAGUGACUACACCAUUCCUGGAAGCAGGAUUGUUCCGCCAGUUACUACUCCAUUGGGAAAAGUUGGUUUGGCUACUUGCUAUGAUUUAAGAUUUCCAGAGAUGUCACUAGCACUGGCAGAGCAAGGUGCAGAGAUACUGACGUUUCCCUCAGCGUUUACUUUUACAACUGGUGCAGCACACUGGGAGAUUCUUCUUAGAAGUCGUGCAAUAGAGACACAGUGUUACGUGGUGGCAGCAGCUCAAACGGGUAAACACCAUGACAGAAGGACUUCAUAUGGACAUUCUAUGGUUGUCGAUCCAUGGGGUUGUGUAAUUGCGUGCUGCCACGAAGGAGUUGAUGUAUGCGUGGUAGAUAUCGAUUUAGAUUAUCAACAGAAAAUACGCACAGAGAUGCCUGUGUGGAAUCAUAGAAGAUAUGACUUGUAUGGUAAAAUUACCACUCAACCAUCAGAUGUAGUGAGUGAGAGGUCCGAUACAUGA